AUGACGAAAAAGUUAGGUUCUGUGAUUGGUGACGACGAAGACAUCACCAGGCGAAAACAGCUCGCCACAGCGUCCUACAGAGCAAUGUACAGUCUUUGGAAGCGGAGAACAUUAGUGCGUGAGGAAAUGAGACUGAGGCUGUACAACGCAUUCGUGAUGCCAGUCUUACUGUACAACAGCGGUACCUGGGCACCCACUUCAGUGGCCGAGGCCCAACUGGAUUCGUUUCACCGCAGGCAGGUGCGUAGUCUCAUCGGUAUUAGGUGGCCACAAACUACAAGCAAUGCUGCUCUCUACAAGAGGUGCAAAGCACAACCGAUAUCUAACUUUGUUCGCCUAGCCAGAUGGAGGCUCUUUGGACAUAUACUGCGCAUGCCUGACGGAUGUCCUGCUGUGGCGGCUAUGAUUAACUAUUACCAGGUGAAGGAAACAGUGUGGAGGGGACGGCCAAGAAUGACUCUGCUUAUCGUGCUAUCCCGUGACCUGCAGAGAGUGGGGCGGAGGGGACUCAAGACGUUGUCUGAUCUCCUCUUCCUCCGGGAGAUUGCACAGGGCAGAGGGGAGUGGAAGGACCUUUGCAAGGACGUCUGCAAGUCCAAUAGUGGCGUCUACGACUAA